CGUUUCGACUUCAUCUUCAACGAGCUCGCGCUUGAGUGUGGUCACGAGCCGUGCCCGUGCACUGUAUUUUACGGGUUGUUGCGUGACGAGGCCGCAGAGCGCAAAGCCAAAAGUAUACAAAAUGCGUAUGAUACUUAACAAAUUCAGAGAGCCACUAAUUAAGGAAAUGUUAGAGCAAAGCACCGUUGCACACCCACCGAGACUGGAUACUGCUUUGACUGGGCGGCGAGGGACAGUGCUGAGCGUGGAAUUUGCCAUCAUGACAGAGGGAGCCAGUGAGUGACCUUACAUAGAGCCUUAACUCUGAGUCUUAAAACACAGUUUCAUAAGAAAAUUUAUUAUUAUUAUUAUUAUUUUUACAUAUGCAUUUUAUCAUAGAUCACUUAAAUGUACAGUAUAAUAACAAUGAUUUGGUAAGAGUAAAAUAAGAGUGAUCUGUCUUGAUGUCAACAGCAAAGCAGGUUUCAGUGGACAGAUGGAAGGAAGCAAUCAUUUGCACCAUUGUGGGAACGUGUCUUACAAUAUCUCAGAAAGUUCCUGUUGUAAUGGUUAUAUAACUCCAGGAUUAAGCCAAUUGGUGGCUGACUGCUGUGGUUCUGUAGCUUACAAUCCCCUUAAUGAGAUUUGCUGUAAAGGGAAUAUUCUGACUCAAAGCAGCACUCAUGUAAAAUGCUGUGGCAAAGACAUGUACGUGACAACGACUCAUUUGUGUUGUGGUGGCAACAACAUAUUUCAACGGAAGGAAGAUCAUUCUUGUUGUGGCAAGGAAACAUAUGACAUGACAACCCACUGCUGCUGUACUAACCUUACACUAGAAGUAAAGCCUAAAAAUGAAACUUGCUGUCCAAAAGCAACAGUAGGUUCUAAUCUGAAUCCUAUUCUCACAGCUAAAAAGAAAGAAUUCCAGCUAGGCUCUCCUCCCACUCGCACACUCCCCAAAACCUCAGAACUGAAGUGUCGGACAAUGCCCUUCAAUCCCCAGGAAAACAUUUGUUGCUUAGGGAAUCUGUACAAGAAGGCAUCAGCACUUACUAAGUGCUGUGGCGUAGAUGCUUACACUCUGUCAGAUGACAAUGUGCUGUGCUGUAAUGGAAUUCUUCAUCUCAAUGUGCCUGAGCAGUCUGAGUGUGUUGGAGGUGUUAUAUAUACUCCAGCAAACACUACUUGCCAAAUGUCGAUCCGUCCUCGUCUUGGCGAGCACUGCUGUGGAGGACAAACCUUCAAUCCUCGCACGCAUAUUUGCUGUAACGGACACAGCCACAGCAAGAUGAAUGGCAAUUUUUGUUGUGGUUCAGAAGUCUAUGACCACCACAACCAGUUCUUGAGAUGCUGCUCAGGUCAUCUCUACAACCUAACCCAUUUAAGUGGAAAAGCAGAGUGCUGUGGAAACCUAUUGCUGCAAUAUAAUAACAAUCAAACUUGCUGUUCCUCCUCAACCAAUUCCAUAAUUUAUCAGACCAAACCAAACCACCAUUGCUGUGGGCAUUACUACUACAACACGUCCUUGUGGAGCUGCUGUGCUGAACGUCUCAAACCAACACCAAAGCCUAACUGCCUUCCUGCAGAAUACAGACUUAAACCACUAACAGACCUGAUCCCUGAAAUGUGCAAUAAAACAGUGUUCUUGGGCAAAGUGGAGAGUGUGGCACUUGAAAAUGAUCAGCGUCACAUUGUUUUGAAAGUUGUUUGGCAGGUCAAUGUAAAAUCAGAAAAGGACAUCAAAGACCCUUGGCUUCAUGUGUCCCUGGAUCACUGCAACUCUCCUGCCACAGACAACGGCAAAACCUACCUUUGGGAGGAAAAACACAAUGGGAAGUACAAGCUUCUCUCUCAUCCUGUUGACCUAACAUCUGACAUUUAUAUGUUAUAUUCUGUAUGUUACCAAAAGAAGGGAUAGACACAUGGAUUGAGGUCUAUUUCCCAUCAUUUCCAAAGCAUGCUGGUUGUAUUAACAUUUCUGUCCUGAGGAUAAUUUUUUAUCCUAAUAUUAUUUUAUCAUUAAUGCUAAAUGACUCUAGUAUGUGAAUGGCCACAAUAUUUAAAAGCUAAGAACUUUUGUCCCCUUAAGGCAACUUUCUGAAGUCUCUAAUGUGAGCAGCAUUAUGGCAGAGGCAUCACAUGUUGUGUAUCUGUGAAUUUUGCCUCGUUGGUUAAUAUAUUUCAACCUAAUAUUGGAUUGAACCCUGUAUGGAGUGUGCAAAAGGGAUAGUUCUCCCUAAAAAUGAGAAUUUGCUGCGAAUUUACUCACCUUUAGUCCAUCUAAGAUCUAGGUGACUUUUUGCUGAGUAGAAGAUUUUUAGCUGAUACCAUGGUUUUUGGUGAUUCAUAAAAUGCAAGUCAGUGGCUGCACGUUUUUGAGAAGAAAAAAAAAAAAAAAUGUAUUUCUAAGAAAAAAAAUUAAUACCCAUUGCUCUUGACAAUAUAUUGAGAAUUGAUCGGUCUGUGCAAGAAACACGGGUUUACAUGUCUAGAGCACAUUAAGUGAUAACCUUUUUACAUAAAGAGAAAUCAUACUUUAACCAUACAUUUUUGAUUGAUUAACUUGUAGAUCUGUGCUGCUCAACUUGCCAACUGUUUCGGAUGAUUCGGUCCAAUUUGUUGAACUGGUUCAACUACCAAAAAGAAUUAGUAAAAAAAAAAAAAAAAAAAAAACUUAUUUACCGGAAAUCUUCUUUACCAUUCUGCUGAAGCGUAAAUGUCACCUACAUCUUGGAUGGUCUGAGGGUGAGUAAAUUAACAGCAAAUUUUCAUUUCUGGGUGAACUAUUCCAUUAAGCUAUUUGGUUAAAAGCAUCUGCCAAAUGAAUAAAUGUAAUGAAUGAAUACAUUUAAUCAGUUUUUAGGUUUGUAUAGCAAAUAUGAAAAUGUGAAAAUUAGAAUCAAAAUUUUUUUUUUUUUUCAUAUUGAGUUCUCUUUUAACAUUUAAAACUUUUUAAAUCGAAAUUGCUGUGCAGUCUUAGGGCCAGUUUUACUGAACAGGCUAAAUUUGCGCGAGAGUGCAAUUCAUAAACUGCACUGAUGGGCGUGGAAAUUUCUGUGGGUGAUUUACUAACAAUGGCAAAUUAAAGAACACAGAUGCAACAUCUCAUUUACAUAUCAAUCAAAAUUUGCGUAGUCACAAAUAAAGAAUAUAGAAAUAAAGAAGCCAAGUCCAAGUCUGACAAAUGAUAUAUUCGGAAAAUGUGUUCUUCUGGCAUUCUAAAUAAAUUAAUAUGUGUGGAAAAAAUCCUCUCCGUUCUACCAUGUGCUCUCUGUUCUCUGCGGUGCCUUCUCCUGGCAACAACAAUUGCAGCCAUUUCAAGCACAAAAUAGUUUAAGACAUGCUUUUUUGGGCAUAAAAUAAUGGCACAAAUUCCAGUAAUUUGACGAGCGCAAACGUUAGUAAAUCGUGUUGUGUUAUUCAUUUUAUUACUCUCCUCCCAUAUAUUUUGCGUCUGACAGGGAAACUCCUACAAAUGCAUAUUCAAUAAGGUCAGGCGUAAAUAUAAUUGUGUCCACACUUUUUCAGUGCCAAUUCUUCACUGUGUGUCUUUAGUAAAUCCUGACAGUACUAUUUUGACGCCAACAAAACAAUUUGCGCUGGCACAAGCUGUUAGUAAAACUGGCCCGUAAUUUUAUAUAUUUUAAAUUACACUGCAUGACCUAAUAAGCAUUUUUUAAUCGUACUGUAUUUUGAUAUUGUCUUAAUCUCAGGUCUAUUUAAAUUUUUGUUCCAUGUUUUAAUAAUUUGACAGGAAUCAGGGGCCUUUAUAUACUAUUGCUCAAAGGUGCUUUUAACAAUUAAUUGUAAUUGUUAGUUCAAAAGCAAUUAAUCAAUUUUAUCCUUAAUCUUGAGAAGACAAGGUUAAUUCCUAUAUAUAUGUAUUAUUUUAACAACAACAAAAACAGCAUCUCAACUAUAAGCUUGAAGUCAGUAUGCUUUUUUAUUAGUAUUAUUGUUAGUUAUUUUCAUGAAUGUCAGAUUUAUAGGUUUGGUUGCCACUUGCCAAACAGUGAUUUUCAUUCAUUAACCAUGCAUAUGCCCAGCAUACAAACAUUUAUAUACAUUUUUAAGCAUUAUUUCAUACAUUUGCACUAACAUUUAUUCUAAAUUUAUGACAGAAUUUAGAGAAAAACACAUAAUACUGUGUAAAGAGGAAAUUUUAUCUAUCUAAUCUGUCUGUCUAUCUAAUACAUGUAGUGACUUCAGAGCCACUGAUUUCCAUGUCUUAACUAUAUACAGCUAUGAACACUUCAACCUUUCAUGUGAACUGUUGUGCGAAGAAAGUGUACUCAUUCAUGUUGUAUCAUGGUAUUGCAGAUAUGGAACUUAAAAAAUGUAUAUUACCAUUUGUGAUUGUAUAUGAAAUAUGUUGUUUCUAAAUAAAAUGCUCAGUAGCAAAAUUA